AUGGCUGAAGGUGGCGAGAAGAGUUUGUCGCACAUUGACUGCAGAGAUGGCAUGAGAAAGAUUAAUGGAAGAAAAGGAGGUAGCUUUGGAUGUCAAAGUGACAUUGUUAGCAAGAAUACAGUGCCCAUCUGUAGCCUAAGAAUAAUCGUUACAACCUCUCCGCCUUCACCGACUAAAAAUCCACGAAAGUCACAGGGCGCUACUGCACCUCCUCCUCUUAUUAUAUGA